UCAGUCAGUAGAGCAGUGCCGCUGGAGAGCUCUCUCGUCGACCGCAGGCUCCAGCUUCAACACACACAAAAAGACGUGUCACCCGACGUUUCGUUUUUAAUUUAUAUUUAUUGCAUUUCUCGUCGUGUCGUCACCUCAAACAAGAUGUAACUUGUGGGCAUCCCCUCAAGUAUAUUCAUGCAUUUGAAAAGAGCCGGGAGUGAGUGCGCAGAGACGAGAAGCCGAGCUGUUUUGGCGAAUGGAACUUAUUGUUGUGCAUUUGUUUUGACUAUGUUAUCCCCGAGCGAGUUUGGGUCCAGUCCGUCUCUGUCCGUCGUCGACCCUUGCAUUUUGGGAUUUAUAUCCGAAUAGUUGAAGGGGAAACGCCGAAGGAGGAUUCUGCAAAGCCAGCAAGCUUUUUCCGACAAGAGCCGGGGAUUUAAAUCGUCAUUUGGUGGUGCUCCGAGAGAGGCGAGAGUCAAAGAAAGAAAUUCAUGUGGCCAUUCUCUCUAUAGCCAAACAUUUUUUUUUGGGAUCGCAUAAUGAGCAAGGAAAGGCCUAAGAGGAAUAUCAUUCAAAAGAAAUACGAUGACAGUGACGGGAUCCCGUGGUCAGAGGAGCGGGUUAUGCGAAAGGUGCUUUACCUCUCCCUCAAGGAGUUUAGGAGCGCACAGAAACGACAGCUGGAUGGUGAUGGAACCCCAAACGCCAAUGGUUCACUAGCCAAUGGGCAGCUGAACGGCUCGGGGUUAAAGGGCAGCCACAAAGAAGAUGGAUCCCUGCGCUCUCAGGGCCCCGGGAGCCGUGAGUACUGUGAGGACGGUCCUGCAAAGAAAAGACCUCGGCUCCAGGCCCAGAGGAAGUUUGCCCAGUCGCAGCCCAACUCGCCCAGCACUACGCCCGUCAAGGUGGCCGAACCAGGCAGCCUGAACACCGCCCUGGCCACUGUGCCCUCAACGUCCCUGUCAUCGCUCUCCUCUUCAUCCCUUUUCUUGUCCAUUCAGGACCUGUCCAGACGCAAGCCCAAGACGGAGGACUUUCUCACCUUCCUUUGCCUCAGAGGUUCAUCAGCCCUGCCCAGCAACAUGGCCUACUUCGGAAGCUCCCAGGAGGAGGACCUGGAGGACGAUGAGGAGGAGGUGGAGGUGGUGAGGAACGGAAGUGGGAUCCACUCUCAAGGUGGGGGAAGCAACAGCCAGGUGUCGGCCUACUCCUCCUGCCACUCGACACCCCGCAAGGGCAAGCACCCCACCAGGCAGCCGCUCAACGGGCAUGUUUUCAACAGCCACGGUAAGGCAGGGACCAGGGAGAGUCCCAGGCCCAAGGCGGGAGCUCACGGCAGGGAUUCGCCAGCCCCCCCACUGCCACCUCUACCGCCUCCACCUCCGCCCCUACUGAGGGAGCGCAGGGAGCGGGCGGAGGCGCGGGAGCACGUGAGGCAGCAGGCCCUGGCCAGCAGUAGAGGCUCAGCCAACGGGCUGCCACCGAGGAGAGCUGCUGAGGAGCUACGCAAACAGGUCUCUAAAGUGAACGGGCUGACGCGGGCGGGCUCGGCACAAGCGGUCAGUGGUACCAAGAAGAGCCGCGACUUCCGACUGCCGUCCAAAACUGUGAAGAAGUACACAGCCACCGUGUCCAAGGGCCACGUCACCUACACCAAAGCCAAACAGAGAGAACUGGGCAAGAAAACCAAACUCAGCAGCAGCUACAAACACAACAGCGCCGCCUCGGCAACAUCGUCAGCGAACAAUCACAAUCAGCACAGCCAGCCAGCAGCCAGCAAUGGGCUGGCUAACUCAGGAAAAGCAGCGGCACCAGCCCACCACAGCAAUGCAAAAACCCGCAAACAGGUGCUACUAUCCAAUGGGCUGCACAAUGUGGCUGCCGUCGCCCGCCUCAACGGCAGGCUAAAUGGGCAGCGGUACAACACCCUGGCCAAGGAGGACGGGCAGAGACAGUGCCAGCAAGGGGAGUGCCCAGGUCGAGAGGGACUGCGUUACUCCAAGCGGCGUCUGGAGGUGGUCCUCAAUUCUGUGGGGACCGGGGUUGUGGAGCAAAAAGCCAAAACCACUGGCAUUGAGGCCAAGAAGGCCAAGCUUCAACCGACACCUCUGGAGACGCGCAGCAGCAGCAAGAAGGCGGCCAAUCAAGAGAAAGCUGCCACACAAACCACCACCCCUACCACUCCAGUUUCUAACGGACAUGAAUCAGACACACCCCCUUCUCCCAAACACACUCCACCCGUUACUCCACUUCCACCUCCCACUCCUCCUCCUCAACAAACCCCGCCUCCUAAUACACCAGCAGCCAAUGCGGAGCCGGUGAACCAGCGACCCAAGCGGGCAUCGGCCGGCAAGCUGAUGUUGAUUCGACAAGCACAGCAGCAGCAGAGCAGGUCUCAUGGUCGGAACUCCUCCUCUUCCUCCCCCUCAUCAGGCCCGAAUCACCCACAGAACCCCAGUCGUGCCAACACUACCUCAGACCCCCAACAAACCUCUACGUGUUCCUCCAACACCUCCUCUCUGCUUGCUUCCACCAACAACUCCGGGCAGCUCAAACCAGCAGCUUUUCGCCUUGCUGACCGAGACAAGGAGUGGGAGCGUGAGAAAGAGAUGGCACGCCAGAAGGAGCGCGAGCAAGAGAAGGAGUGGGAGCGCCAGCGGAGCAGGCCAGAUGGGUGGGCAGCUCUGGGUGACGCCCCGGUCUUCCGGCCGGUUCCGCGGGAGUUCCAGGACCCCCUGGUGUACUUGGAUGCGGUGAGGGAACCGGCCGAGGUGGCUGGAAUGUGUCGCGUGGUCCCACCAACAGACUGGAGGCCAGAGUGCAAGCUGAGCGAGGAGAUGCGUUUUGUUACACAGGUGCAGAGGGUCCACAUGCUGAGCCGGCGCUGGGGCCCCAACGUGCAGCGGCUAGCCUGCAUUCGCAAGCACCUCAAAUCUCAGGGCAUUACCAUGGAUGAGCCACCUGUCAUUGGUGGCUGUGAAGUGGACCUGUCACGUUUUUUCCAGCUCAUCAAUGACAUGGGCGGCAUGCAGCAGGUGAUGGAUCUGAAGAAGUGGACCAAGCUAGCCGACCUUCUGCGCAUCCCUAAGUCAGCGCAGGACCGGCUGGCCAAGCUGCAGGAGGCGUAUCUCCAGUACAUCCUCUCCUAUGACUCGCUGAGCGCUGAGGAGCGCCUGACGCUGCAGGCCGAAGUGCUGCAGGAGAAAAAGAAUCUGGAGUCGCGCCGGGGCCCUCUGGAGGGCCUCUCGGACUCCUCAGCACCUAGUGCACUGGUGCUGCCACGCUAUGAGCCCAAGAAUGGGCUUGUAGGUGGAAUAGUGGGAGGGGCGACGGGGAACCACCGCACCAAUGGAGUGUAUCAUCGUCUGAAGGAGCUCGAGGCUCAGGUCAAAGCGGGCCGGCGCCGGCUCUUCGCUCAGGAAAAACAAGACAAAGAGGACAGGCAGCAUGGAGAGGAGCAGCAGCAGCAGCAGCAGCAGCAGCAGCAGGAGGAGGACAGGGGCGUUCUCAGUGACCAGCACAAAUGUAUUAACAAGGGGAAAUCGGUGUCUUUGACUAACUUCUUCAGGAUAGCCCGGAACACCAUGACCAUGUGCUUUAACAAGGAACCAGGGGCUGCUGAGGUUGAGGAAGAGUACUGGAGGAUUGUGGAGCAGAGAGACAGCCAUGUGGCAGUGCAUUGUGGGAAGGUGGACACUAGCACACAUGGCAGUGGAUUCCCUACAGGAAAGUCAGAGUCAUUUUCAAAACAUGGAUGGAACCUCACUGUCCUUCCCAAUAACUCUGGAUCUAUUCUGAGGCAUCUGGGUGCUGUGCCUGGGGUGACCAUUCCCUGGCUUAACAUUGGCAUGGUCUUUUCUACCUCAUGCUGGUCUCGAGACCAAAAUCGCCUUCCAUUUAUUGAUUACUUACACACUGGUGCUGAUUGCAUUUGGUAUUCUGUCCCUGCUGAGGAGAAGGCUAAGCUGGACAAGGUGGUCCAUACACUGCUUCAGGCCAAUGGCACCCCAGGACUAGAAAUGCUGGAGAAGAACAUCAUGCUCUCUCCAGAGGUGCUGUGCCACGAAGGCAUCAAGGUUUACCGGACGGUCCAGCGGAGUGGCCAGUUUGUGGUCUGCUACCCCGGUGCCUUUGUCUCUAAAGUGUGCUGUGGCUACAGCGUGUCAGAGACGGUGCACUUUGCCACGCCGCACUGGAUGAACCUGGGUUACCAGGCCGCAAAGGACCUGAAAUGUCGUCGUAUAGCCAAACCCUUUUCCAUGGAGAAGCUACUGUACCAGAUCGCUACAGCCGAGUCCAAGAGGGACAAUGGCCUCCUCCUCUCCACCAUCUCCGCUCUACUCAAAGACCUCAGGAACAUAGAGAUGCGCCAACGACAGGAACUUUACAAGGCAGGUUUGCUCUCCUCAGCCCGCUACGGCACCCACGACGGCAGCCUGGGCCCCGGGGAAGGACGCAAGAAGCCCCGUGGGAAAUGGCUGGCACUCGAGUCCUCAGAGAGACGCUGCCAGAUCUGUCAGCAUCUCUGCUACCUGUCCAUGGUGGUUCAGGAGACUGACAAUGUGGUCUUCUGUCUGGAGUGUGCCCUGCGUUAUGUGGAGAAGCACAAGUCUUGCAGAGGCCUGAAGAUGAUGUACCGAUACGAUGAGGAGCAAAUCAACAGUUUGGUGAACCAGGUGUGUGGCCGGGCCAUGUUAAAGAACGGAGGAGGAGGAGGAGGAGGAGGAGGAGGAGGAGGAGGAGGAGGAGGCGGCGGCGUUGGCGGCGUUGGCGUUGUUGUUGUUGGUGGUGGAGUUGUUGUCACUGCAGUAGGGGGGGACCAUGGCCUCAGCCCUUCCAAAGCAUCGCCAGCCAAGCGAGGACCCCGAAAGCGCGCAACCGUGGAGGUGUCCCUGGCACGCCUGUCCUCCAGCCACAUACCCAAGGCUGCUGCUGUGUCCUGAGGAGGACGCCACGACAUUACCAUCCGGUGUGCUCUGCCCAUGUCGGGCCCAACCCUCCCAAACUCCCCUGUUUUGUUUUACAUUAAGCAGGAUCACUAUCAAUCCCUCCUCCACCACUCAAUAUUUAAGAUUGAUUGUUUUUUAGCUUUGAAAAGCCCCUCACCUGACCGAAGUCCUCCAAUAUUCACCUCCUCCCUUUAGUAUGACAGGCUUGUUUACAAAAAAAAGAAAAAAAAAGAAAAAGAAAAGCAAGAUGUCUUUUUUGCACUAGUGUGAAAGAAGAAUUUGUUUUUUUCCUGGAUGAUUUUAGAAUCCCACUGUCCCUCUUUAAGUCGUCUUUUACAACAUUACAAGCAUUAAGCGUAACAUUCACAAGAAAACUUGAUGGGCCCUGUUAAACCUUAUACCUCCAUCCUCCCUUAACUGCAGUGGGUUACAUGUGUUACCCUCUUUUUGCAUCACUCUUUCCUGCCCUCAUCUCGCCCCCUGAGACUGAACCCCAUUCCUUCUCAUCAUGUCACUCGACUGAACGUGGGACAAAUGAAAAGGCGGCCUUUGUUUUCCUCCAGUUUUAUGAAAUGAAAAUUACAUCAAGUAGUUACCCAAAGUUUCUCUCUGUCCUUGGUUUGAGGAAGAGGAGUCCUUUUUUAAUUACUUUAUUAUUUCUUGGUGCAGCUCCUGCAUAGUUUUUUGAUUGUUUUAAAAAGGGGGUUAGUGACGCGAGGUAAAAACUUGAAAAGAUAACGAUGUUGGUUUAUUGUUGGUUGGCUAUGUUUUUUCAAGUUCUAUUUUAAACUUUAGCUUUGUUUUUUGCAAGAAGUCUUCUUUGUAUUUCCUUUUCUUUGUCAUUGUGGAUGUUUCUGUUUGUUGGUGGAUGUGAGAGGAGGCAGAGCUCCAGCUGCUUGACCUGUGAAAGGUCACCGCUCACCUCACUCCCUGGUAGUAUGGAGGGAUCCCUCCUUCGCUAGCAAGUGAAAACUGUGCCUGAUCCAUAGCGAGGAGAUCCAUUUUAUUGGUGCUGUUUGUUAUAAUUACUGUAUAACAACACAAAAAUUAAAAAUCUGGGGGUUGGCACAUGCUAUCUACUAACAGCUAGCUCACGCUCCCCCAACCCACAGGGCAGAAAGGCUUUCAGGCGUUUCUGGUUCUAGAUGUGCAAUCGUGUUAACAUUCCAUUCUUCCAGUCCUCUUGUUUCAUCUGUAACAGUAAACAUUAAUUAUUAUAUUAUAUUAUUAUUAUUUUGUGUUUUUUACUUUUGUUGGUCUGACGUGUUAUCUCAAGUAGAGCCACUAGUCAAAGAGUGUAAAAUGUGAAAUAUCAAAUCCAAGUUUUGUUUUUUGUAUUUUUUAAAUUGUCCUUUUUUGGCUUUUUUCUUUUUUCUUUUCCUUUUCCAGAUAUAUUAUGAGUGAUUUUUAGAGAGAGGAAAAAGUCCAACACAAACAAAACAUCAACUUUUUUUGUACAUAAUCCUGUAAAUCUCUUUAAAUACCUGAGCCUCGUUCUGGGGUUAAGGAAUAAAGAAAGAAAGGAAGGAAGGAAUAGAAUAGAGAGAAAACGUUCCAGAGGAGAGUGGUUGAUGAAGAAAAAGCCUUACAUUUCCCUUUCUUCAUCCGUGUGAGUUUGACGCUUACAGAGUUGCUCUGGUUAAACGUGUAUACAAAUUUUAAGUGCUGCUUAUAUCACUAAGAAAGAAGAUAUGGAGUAGCCAACGACAGCCCCCCCUCCUCUCCCCCCAACCUAGUUUUGUUUGUUUAGCUUUACUUUUUUAAAGAAAAGGGAAAAAGAUAUGUUCACAAAAAAAAUGGGUUUUUACAUUUUCAUUACUGAAAAUUCAACAAAAAUGUAGUAGCUACUCAUGUUGCACUGAGCUUGCCAGUGGUGACUGUCAAGGAAAAAUCCUAUAAUCCAGUUUGUUGGUUGUCGUCCCUCGCAGAAGACUGAACUGUUUUAGGACUAUUUAAUAAAAUACCAAGUCGGGUGUUUUCAACAUAAAAAGUGGUUGUCAAGUUUUUAUGGCCUUACAAUACAUUUGAUUCUGAUGGGAUUUUGUUUGUUUUUCAGUUCUAUCGUUUUUUUUUGUUGGUUUCUUCUAUUUUCUACAGUAUAAACUACUUGCUCACAGUGGGGUCUCUGGUGACUUAAUUUAUUAGUGCCGCAUCUCGGCCUUUCCCUCGACUCGGAAAGAGAGUCUCAUGUUGGUUAUAUUGACAGUUUUUUACUUUUGCAGUUUGUACUUAAGGUUUAAUAAAAACUUACCGACAAUUCACUGUCA